UUCCUCCUCCGCUUCCUCUGUGGCAGGUUUUUGUUUUUGUUUGGUCUUUUACAUUUGGAACGGACAUAAACAUUAAAAAAACCCUGACUUUCUUGGCCGUGUGAGAUUUUUUUCGUAUUCAGCGUGAAAAAAUACGGGUACUUUUUGUAAGUAAAAGCAUUAAGGAAAGGAGUACGCUAGUGAAACUCCCAGACGCCAGACAAAAUAUUCACUUGUUCUUUUUCAAGGAGACUUGAGUCGAAAGCUGCCAAAGAGCCCCAGAAAGAAACGAAGCAAAGGGAGAAAGAACGAACACAAGAAGAGGAACAUUUGAUGGAAGAAAAGAAAAAGAAAAAGCAGGAAGAAAAGAAAAAGAAGGAAGGUGCUCAGAAAAAGGCUGCUGAACAAAAAGCCAAAGUGCCAGAACCUAUUAAGACCAGUUUAAGCCAGCCCCAACCUGCCGGUAUCAGUACCAGUACUUCCACCAGCACUAUUACUAACAAUAGCAAUGGCAAGCGUGCAUCUGCCAAUGGGCAGCAGCCAGCUGCAUCCCGAUACUUGCCUCGUGAGGUGCCUCCACGCUUUCGCCAACAAGAACAGAAGCAGCUUUUAAAGAGAGGCCAGCCUCUGCCUACUGGAACUCUGAUCAGCACGAGCCCAGCAGCAGGUACUGGACAAGCAGGAGCAAGUCCUCCUCCACAGCCAGGAGCUGGUGGACAUCACCAGCCCACUAAGACUCAGACCCCAGCAGACCUUGGUCACAGCGGAUUGGGAGACCAUUAUGAGAAUACUCACUGGGGACAGCAGCCCACUUUCCGAAGUGAAGCCAAUUGCAGCUGGGAUAAAGUGAUAAUAGACAGGACUGACAAGGAAGCGUGGCCUUCCAUUACAGGAACUGAGACUGAGUCUGCCUCAGAAUGUACUACAGACACUGACUCUGCCUCCAACUGUGGCUCAGAGAACAGUAGCAUGGCUACAGGGAGUGCCCAAGGCAACUUCACUGGACAUACAAAGAAACCUAAUGGCAAUAAUGGCGCCAAUGGAGCACUCAUCCAAAGCACUUCUAUCCAGAGUGCCCUUGGAGCUGGUGGAGCAAAUGGAAACGGAAAUGCAGCCAGAGUGUGGGGUGUUGCCACAGGUUCCAACUCUGGCUUAGCUCAUUGCUCAGCCAGUGGUGGGGAUGGAAAGAUGGACAACAUGAUGGGAGAUGGUAGAAGUCAAAACUGCUGGGGUGCUUCCAACUCAAAUGCUGGCAUUAAUCUUAACCUUAAUCCCAAUGCCAAUCCAGCUGCUUGGCCUGUACUUGGACAUGAAGGAACUGUGGGAACAGGCAACCCUUCUGGUAUUUGCAGUCCAGUCAGUGCCAUAGGUCAGAACAUGGGCAACCAGAAUGGGAACCCAGUGGGCACCUUAGGUGCUUGGGGAAACUUGCUGCCGCAAGAGAGCACAGAACCACAAACGUCCACUUCUCAGAAUGUGUCUUUCAGCGUACAACCUCAGAACCUUAACACUGAUGGACCAAAUAACGCUAACCCCAUGAAUUCUUCACCAAACCCUAUCAAUGCAAUGCAGACAAAUGGACUGCCAAACUGGGGCAUGGCUGUUGGCAUGGGGGCCAUCAUCCCGCCCCACCUGCAAAGCCUUCCUGGUGCUAAUGGGACAUCAGUUUCUCAAGUCAGUGGGGGAAGUGGUGAAGGAAUGGGCAAUUCAGUAUGGGGAAUAUCCCCAGGAAAUCCUGCCACAGGAAACAGCAAUUCUGGGUUCAGUCAGGGGAAUGGAGACACUGUGAACUCAGCAUUAAGUGCUAAACAAAAUGGAUCCAGCAGUGCUGUGCAAAAGGAAGGAAAUGGAACAAGUGCUUGGGAUUCAGGUCCUCCUGCUGGUUCUGGAGUCUUAGCAUGGGGCAGGGGCAGUGGCAACAGUGGUGUUGGUAAUAUGCAUUCUGGUGCUUGGGGUCACCCAAGCCGCAGUACCAGUAACAGUGUUAAUGGUGAAUGGAGCAAGCCCCCAAACCAGCAUUCCAAUAAUGACAUCAAUGGGAAAGGAUCAACAGGGUGGGAUAGCUCUACUGUUACCAGCCAGAAUCCUGCCAUGCAGCAGGGCAAUGAACAAAUAAACUCUUGGGCCAAAGCUGCAGCAUCUGGCAAUACAGGUAGUGAAGGAAGUAAUGAUAGCAAUGGAAGUCAAAAUGAAGGCAGUACUGGGAGGGAGGGAGCUGGAGAGAGUCGAAGAAGAGAGAAGGGUAUGGUAGACCAAGGGCAAGUCCAGUUGCCAAGGAAUGACCUUGACCCAAGAGUUCUGUCCAACACUGGGUGGGGACAGACUCCUGUAAAACAAAACACUGCCUGGGAAUUUGAAGAAUCUCCAAGAUCUGAACGAAAGAAUGACAACGGAACUGAGGCUUGGGGUUGUACAGCUACUCAGCCUUCAAAUUUGGGGGGCAAGAAUGAUGCGUCCAUCAUGAACAGUACAAAUACCUCUUCAGUAUCUGGGUGGGUCAGCUCUCCACCUGCAACAGUUACAACUAAUACAGGUUGGGGCGACAACAAUAACAAAGCGCCAAAUGGCCCUGGGGGAUGGGGAGAGCCAGCAGGUUCUACUGCUGUCAAUAAUGCUGCUGCUGCUGCCAAAAGUGGCCACACUUGGAGUGGGACCACAAAUCAGGAGGACAAGUCACCAACUUGGAGUGAACCUCAGAAACCCAAAUCUCAAAAUUGGGGAGAUGGACAAAAAUCAAAUCCAGGCUGGACUUCAGGGGGUGGAGAAUGGGUUGAUUCCUCAUCUGUCCCUGGACACUUGGGAGAUGGGAAAAAAAAUGGGUCUGGAUGGGAUACUGACAAUAGAUCAGGGUCUGGUUGGAAUGAUACUACACGUUCUGGGACCAGUGGAUGGGGAAAUGGCACAAACAGCAAGGCUAAUACUGGUACAAACUGGGGAGAAUCUUUGAAACCUGCUCCCCAACAGAACUGGGCUUCUAAAUCCCAGGACAACAAUGGGAGUAAUUGGGGAGGAGCGGCUUCUGUUAAACAGACUGGAUCAGGAUGGGUUGGUGGGCCAGUGCCAACCAAACAGAAGGACAGUAGUGAAGCAACUGGGUGGGAAGAGCCCUCUCCACCAUCCAUUCGGCGCAAGAUGGAGAUUGAUGAUGGUACCUCAGCUUGGGGUGACCCAAAUUACAAUAACAACAAGACUGUAAAUAUGUGGGAUAGAAACAAUCCUGUAAUACAGAGCAGUACCACAGCCACCACCACUAGCACCACGAUUAUCAACGCAAACCUGGCUGAACCUCAGCCACUGCACCAGUCAAGUGCCCAGUCAUCCCGGUCCUCGCUGCUUGGUCCAGCAGGCUGGGGGGAGAUGCCUGCUGUCCACGCAAAGCCUGAAGCUUCAUGGGGAGAGCCUUCCUCCCCGUCUGCUGCAGUUGAUAAUGGCACUUCAGCAUGGGGGAAGCCCCCCAGCAGUGGUACAGGGUGGGGAGAUAACUCUGCUGAGUCAGCAGGAUCAUAUGGAAGAGCAAGUGCACCAACAGCUGCCCCAGCACUGUGCAAACCAGCUUCUAAAUCUUCUAUGCAAGAAGGCUGGGGCAGUGGUGGAGAUGAAGUUAAUCUCAGUACAAGUCAGUGGGAAGAUGAAGAAGGAGAUAUGUGGAAUAAUACUGCUUCACAGGAGAGCAAUUCCUCUUGUAGCUCCUGGGGGAAUGCCCCGAAGAAAGGACUUCAAAAGGGCAUGAAGACAUCUAGUAAGCAAGAUGAGGCCUGGAUCAUGAACCGUCUGAUAAAACAGCUCACAGACAUGGGCUUCCCAAGAGAGCCAGCAGAAGAGGCCUUGAAGAGUAACAAUAUGAAUCUUGAUCAGGCCAUGAGUGCUCUGCUAGAAAAGAAGGUGGAAAUGGACAAGCGUGGAAUGGGAGUGGCUGACUACAAUGGAAUGGUCACCAAACCCCUUGGCUGCCGCCCACCACCAAUCUCCAAAGAGUCUUCCAUGGACCGCCCCUCCUUCCUAGACAAGGAUGGCGGCCUAGUGGAAGAGCCCACUACUUCACCAUUUUUGCCUUCACCAAGCCUGAAGCUCCCCCUUUCAAACAGUGCACUCCCUAAUCAGACCCUGGGUGGGAUUGCCUCAGGGCUGGGCAUGCAAAACUUGAAUUCUUCUAGACAGAUACCGAGUGGCAAUCUGGGUAUGUUUGGCAAUAGCGGAGCAGCACAAGCCAGGACCAUGCAACAGCCGCAGCAACCGCCAGUGCAACCUCUUAACUCAUCCCAGCCUAGUCUUCGUGCUCAAGUGCCUCAGUUUCUCUCCCCUCAGGUUCAAGCACAGCUUUUGCAGUUUGCAGCAAAAAACAUUGGACUCAAUCCUGCACUAUUAACCUCGCCAAUUAAUCCUCAGCAUAUGACGAUGUUGAACCAGCUCUACCAGCUGCAGCUGGCAUACCAACGUUUACAAAUCCAGCAGCAGAUGUUACAGGCUCAGCGUAAUGUUUCCGGACCCAUCAGACAACAGGAGCAGCAAGUUGCACGUACAAUCAAUAACAUGCAGCAGCAGAUCCAGCAGCACCAGCGACAGCUGGCUCAGGCCCUGCUUAUGAAGCAGCAGCCACCCCCUCCACAUCUAUCUUUGCACCCCUCUGCAGGCAAAUCAACCAUGGAUAACUUUUCACCCCAUCCCCAGGCUCCUGGCCUAUCUGACCUGCAGACCAAAGAGCAACAGUCUUCACCGAACACCUUUGCUCCUUACCCCCUUGCUGGACUGAAUCCAAACAUGAAUGUAAACAGCAUGGACAUUCCUGGUAGUUUGUCAGUGAAGGACACUUCUCAGUCCCAAUCGCGCCUUCCUCAGUGGACACACCCCAACUCAAUGGAUAAUCUCUCCAAUGCGGCUUCUCCACUUGACCAGAAUCCUAGCAAGCACGGUGCUAUCCCCGGAGGUCUGAGUAUUGGUCCUCCAGGAAAGUCCUCCAUUGAUGACUCUUAUGUCCGGUAUGAUAUGAUUCAAAACAGCGAGUCACCAGCCAGUCCUCCUGUAGCCGUUCCUCACAGCUGGUCACGUGCCAAAUCUGAUAACGAUAAAAUCUCCAAUGGUUCCAGCAUCAACUGGCCACCAGAAUUUCAUCCUGGAGUACCAUGGAAAGGAUUGCAGAACAUUGACCCUGAGAAUGAUCCUGAUGUUACGCCUGGAAGUGUUCCAACAGGGCCCACCAUUAACACCACCAUACAGGAUGUUAAUCGCUAUCUACUCAAAAGUGGAGGGUCAUCCCCAACAUCAUCUCAGAAUGCCACGCUGCCUUCAUCAAGUGCCUGGCCACUUAGUGCCUCCGGCUACAGUAGCUCUUUCAGCAGCAUUGCAUCCGCACCUAGCAUUGCAGGUAAAUUGUCAGACAUCAAGUCAACAUGGUCCUCUGGCCCAGUUUCUCACACACAAGCCUCUCUGUCUCAUGAACUGUGGAAGGUACCCAGAAACACUACUGCUCCUACAAGACCACCUCCAGGCUUAACAAACACCAAGCCAUCAUCUACCUGGGGUGCCAGCCCACUGGGUUGGACCAGCUCUUACUCCUCUGGCUCAGCCUGGAGUACUGACAGCUCAGGAAGGACAAGUAGCUGGCUGGUCCUCCGUAACCUCACACCCCAGAUUGAUGGCUCUACGCUGCGUACUCUAUGCUUGCAGCAUGGUCCUCUUAUUACAUUCCAUCUGAACCUGACUCAAGGGAAUGCUGUGGUUCGAUACAGUUCCAAGGAAGAAGCAGCGAAGGCCCAGAAGUCUCUGCAUAUGUGUGUUUUGGGGAACACUACCAUCUUGGCUGAAUUCGCUGGAGAAGAGGAAGUAAACCGUUUCUUAGCACAAGGCCAGCAACUGCCUCCCACCUCCAGUUGGCAGUCCAACACUGGAACCACUCAGACACGUUUGGGCUCUACAAGCAGUUCACAUGGAAUGGUGCGCAGUGACACAGGCCACUGGAAUACCCCCUGCCUGGGUGGGAAAGGGAGCAACGAUCUGCUCUGGGGUGGGGUCCCUCAGUACUCAAGCAGCCUUUGGGGUCCACCCAGCACUGAUGACGGCAGGGUUAUCGGAAGCCCAACGCCUUUGAAUACUCUGCUCCCAGGUGACCUUCUCAGCGGGGAAUCCAUCUAGGAUGCCAGAAAAACAAAAUGGAAGUAACAAUCAUCAGCACUAAAUGAAAAAUAAUGGUAACCCUUUCCAGUCCAGGGCAUCAUGAAGAAUCCAGCUUUAAUAGAUCAGACUGGCAGCCCUUUUUUAGUACCUCUGUCCAAUAUCGACUAUGAAACUCUGCUGAAGUCCUUGUGAACUGUUAAUGCAACAGUAUGGGCUCCCUUUGGUCAGUGUCACAUGCUAAUAAUAGGAUUUAUGUGAGGUUUUUUUUUUUCCAAUGGCUUUUUGAUUUUGUUUUUAUGUUUGUAUGGUGUUUUUAAAGACAUAUAAAAGCUGCUUAGACUAGUUCUAUCAUGAAGGGCACUUUUCAGAAUUUGGGCUGGAAAGGGUUAUUUUAUCAACUUUGGGAGUGGGGGAGGGAUGAAGGGGGGAUGUGAGAAAGCCUAUUUAAAAUGAGCCUGUGAUAAUUAUGCACAUUACCAGAGGCGGAUCCAUUAAUCACAAGGGGGUGGCAACUGAUCAGCCCAGCAGCAGCAUUGGGAAGCAAAUCUUCACCCUUAGCUGUACAACUUGGAUUGAGUGGUGGGGUGGAAUAUCUCUGUCUAUUGCUCCCAUGGAUCUUGCCUAUGCACAUCACAUUUGUUUCAUUACUUUUUUGUGUCAUUGUUUUUUGAAAUUCCCCCUCAAAAAUAGUAAAAUGGUUUAGGGGAAAAAAAACCAUAUCAAACAUGCAACUAUACUUGAAUCCAGCAGGCCAAUAACAAAAUGUGAACACUUUCUAUUAUUACACUUCCAGGUUGGUAUCAGAAAACAAAAGAACAGGCUCUAGGAAAAAAAAUAUUUUUUUUCUCUUAUAUGUAUGCAUUGGGGAAAAGAUAGAUCGAUGUGUGAGCAAAUGGGGGUGUGCGUGCGCCAGUUGUACGAUUUAACAAAAUGGUGUUGUUGUUGUUUUCUUUUCCUUCUCAGAAUAUGCUUUUGAUUUGCUCAUUGGUCAAACGUUUAAUUGUUACUAGUUUCUAACUUUGCACUGAGUGUCCACAGCCCUCUUGUAGCUAAUCCUACUUGUUUUUUAAGAAAAAAAAGGAGAAAAAAACUGAUAGGAGGGGCUGGCGACAAUUCACGUGUAAAUGUUUACUCAAGGACUUUUGCCGCAUUUUAAAAACUUACAGUGUGUAUCUCUGGAGAAUAAUAUGUAUAUCUACCUUUAGCAGCUUUUUAUUGUGGACUAAUGCAAAGAAAUAAUUACCGGAGUAUUGCACCAUUUUUUCCAUUCGGAAUAUAAAGUUUAAAAAAAAAAGGAAAAAAAAAACUUGUGUUGAACUGUGGCCAUAAAUACUUGUAAAGAGUGGAUGGUUCCCUGCAAGCCGUAACGGAAACAAGCACUUGGACAUAGGUUUUGACUGCUUUUGGAGGAGCCUACGUUUUCGGCUCUCACCUGUUUACAGACUUUUUUUUCCUCCUUCAAACUUUAAAAUAAAAAAAGGAAUAAAAAAAGAAAAAAAAUAGACUUCCAUCAUAAAGAAACCUAUUUUCAGAAUGAAGAUAUGCUACUUCAGAGCUCUGGGAUUGAAACAGUGUUGUUUGUUCUUGUUCUUGUUGUUCUUGUUGUUUAUCCUUUUCUUUGGCCAUUGCUGUGUAUUCUUUUUUGUUGUUUUUUCCUCCUCUUCGUCAAAGUGGCGAAAAAAAUGUUGUGAUCACUAUCUUGCACAUGGUGGAAGAUGUCUCAGGAAAGCCGGGUUUCCCGAGGAGCAACUCCACACCAUUUCAUGUAUUUUUUAAACCCAACUCCUAGCACUGAAGAUGUUAUUAAAAAACAAAAUGGAAAAAAAUAAAAAGACAGUAAGAGAAGAAGAAAAAUACCUAAUCUAAUGUGUAGCAGUUACAUAUUUACCAAAUAAUGGACUCAAAAAAUAGAUGUUUGAAGAGUGCUUUAUAUAUUAAAAAUUGCUUUAUGUUUAAAAAUGAUCAAUGUUUUUGAUUGUUUUGAAAGGAAGAAAGACAAUUGAAUAACAUACCCCUUUGAGUAUGUUUUUAAAAAUUAUAUGAACAUUGUGCUCCCUGCCUGCUUGGAUCAGGAAACUUGUGCAUUACUUUUUUUUUUGUUAAAGAUUAGCUUUUUAAUAGCAUUGUCCAAUUAAAAAGGGUCCUGCAAGAUUGCAAAUCAACAAAAGCUGGUUUUCUAGAGGAUCAUGAACUAUGCACAGAUUGGGUUCCAGACUUGUGUUUUCUCAAGUUUUUUGUAGUGUAUUUAGCUGAAUACCCUUUUCUCAGAGUGAUUGCAUCACAUUUUCAUUACACGCACUCUACAUAUGUAUUGUGUAUAUAUAUAUCUCUAUACAAACA